AAAUCAGAUCUGAGGAAACAAGUUUGGGCUUGCUAUAACCAUGUGACAAGCAACAAUUCCUGACCUGUAUUGAGAGUAACCAGGUAAGCACAACAGACACACCUAUCUACAGAUACAUUGUUAAAGUGGAUGUUAAAGUGCAGGAUCUGCAUUAAAGAAUGAGGAACACAGAGGAUUGACCAUGCCAAUGUCAGAGAUAAAAGUCAACCUGCAUGGUGAGGGAUAACCACUGGAAAGUAUGGAAUUAUGCACAAGGAGAAGAACAAAUGAUACUGCAGAGUCAGGUAUCUAUUGCUAAGAGACUCAAGUGGGAGUGUUUGGGGCUGGGGGAAGAAUGGAAAGGUUAUAUGCAUCCCUACGGGAGGAGCUGAGGGCAUUUGAGGAGCAGGUUCACAAAUGUCGUGUAAACUUUGACCUGCAGACAUUGCAAAGGGCCUUAACUCUGCUUUUGGAAAGCCAUGGCACAGAACUAGACAGCUGGAAGCAUGUGGAGGAGGUUGUGCAGGCUAAUGCCCUCUCCGGGGAACAGUGGCAACAACUUUGGGGCUACCUGAAGUGGCUCCUGUCCUAUGUGAACUAUCUGAGGGCAAUGAAGGAUGCCUUUGAUGAUCAUGUUGUAUUCCCACUGUGUGAUAAUUUAUAUGUGAAUGAUGAGGGUGAUAGUUCAUCAGUCCCUGAUCAAGAGGUUGCUAUAUCUCCAGCCAACAUAACCACUACGGCCAGGCAGCUGUUUCACCACCGAAGGAGCUGGGCUCUUCUUCUGAAUGCAGGAAGAACAGGGCAGGCCCAGCACAUCCGUGGGGCAUCUCAUUCAUCAAUACUUCAUCAAAUCCCCAAUAUUUUUGAGGAGAGCCUAGUAACAGCCAACGUAGCACAUCAAUGGAUCCUUCUCCAUGAAGCUCAGGGUAAAACACCCCAGGCUUCCCAACGAGCCCGAAGGAUAUUCCAGACUGCAACAACCUUGAGGCAAGAACUGUGGGAAGCCUCUGAUCCAUCCCUCAAAGGGGAUCCAGAUGCAGAAAAACAAAUGAAGGCCAUGCGAGAACAAAUGAUGUUCCUGAUGUGGCGAUCAGGAAGAGCAGAUACUUUGGAGUGCCAGGUAAAAGAUGUAAGGCAGAAAGUACGGAACCUGAGGCAGGAAAUUGAUGAGGUCCAACAGUUAAUGCGAAAGGAAGGACAAGGGACCAACGAGACUCAGACAAGUACCAGUCCAGAAAACCAGAGGAGGUUGGAGAAGCUAAACAGGCAGCUAAACCUUAAGCAGUUUCAACAGGGGAUACUGAAUUCUGAUUGGCAGUUGGAGCUAGAGGUCCGCCCAUGCCUCCUUCGGCAGAUUGACACUGUGCAGGAGCGCAGCUCUGAGUUGGAAUCAAGGCUCAGUUCCAGCAAAGAAUCUUUGGAUGAGUCCCUUGGAACUUCUGUUGGGGCCCUUAGUGAUUCCGAAUGGGAAAACAACUCUGUCUUCUCCCACAGCCUCAGCACUCACUGAUUUCCCCCCUAGGUGUUGUGCAUGCCCAUUCAUAGCAGUAAAUAAGCCACCUUCUCAGGUAAAUAAACCUCAAUGGACUGGUACAAGUCAUAGUGUGUAUAUAUACAGUAAUAAAGUAUAAUCAAAUCAUACAA